CAUUUAUUUAUUUUCUCAAAGAAGAAAGAAAGUGACAAUGGCAGAGCUCGAAGGAGAAGGAUCAUCACCAAAUGAAGCAAUGUUUUUUGCCUUGUCUUAUCUUCCUCUGUUUGAGCUAUUGACCAUGGCUCGAGUUUGCACAUCAUUCAGAGAUGCCAUAAAGAAUGACACACCUCCGUGGCUGAAAAUCGUUGUCGAUCGCCCCCUCAACCGCCGCCUCUCCGAUGAUCGUCUCCUGGAAGUUGCUUCCGUGGCGAAAGGCCAGCUACAAGCUCUUGUUCUCAUCAAUUGUCUCAACAUCACAGACAAUGGCCUCUUGACAGUUAUCCACCAUAAUCCUAGCAUCACCAAGCUUCAUGUCCCAGGAUGCACAAGCUUAUCAGCAGGAGGUGUGGUGAGAGCAGUGCAGCUUCUCACAAAAGACAACCACAGACUGAGAAGCCUCAAGAUCAGCGGCGUCUACGCCAUCCGGCCAGAAGACCUGCAUACACUACGCGGUCUAAUCGACCAUAACACGAUACAACAGAAGAAAAACAAGACCUUCUACCACCUUCAUAGGAUAGAGAGUGAUGACGAUCCUGGUAUUGAUGUCGAUAUAUGCCCAAAGUGCGGUGACGUGAGAAUGGUUUUCGACUGCCCCCGACUUCUCUGCAGACAGCAGCAACAGCAGCGGAGGCACGGGGAAUGCAGAGGGUGCAGCUCGUGCAUCGUGAGGUGCAUUGAGUGUGGCGUGUGCAUGAAAGGCAUUGAUCAAGAAGCUGAGGCAGCUGCCUGUGCAGAUGCCCUGUGCUUGGAGUGUUGGCUGAAUCUCCCAAAAUGCAAUUUCUGCAACAAGCCCUACUGCAGCCUACAUGCUGACCAGCAACAUACACUUUCAGACUCAGCAGGAUUUAUCUGUGCUACUUGUCACUCAAAAUUCAAUUGAGAACCACACAAACCCCAAAUCAUGAAUCAUUCACAAACUUGAUGUUUUGUUACACAAAUGAAUGAAUUACUAAUAUUUUAUCUA